CUGAAGGGGGCCGGGGGCUUCCAUGGCCGCAGGGGUGGGGCCCUGGCCGGCCAUGAAGGCCCGUCUGUACCCUGCUCUGCCCUGGUGGGUGACAGAUGGACCUUAGGCUGGGAACCGUCACCCAGGUGACGGUUCCCAGCCUAAGGUUCUGGUAGUUUUGGUUGUUUGAAACUGGAACCAAGUCAAAAUGUUGAGUUUCAUGAGAGCUGAGCUAUAAGAAGAGUGAUUUAGGAAAACUAAUCAGAGGACAUGAAAUAGCUUGUGGCAACUUAUUGCAGCAAAACAUUUAUAGUUAACAGCUUUCAUAGAAAGAAGCAAGAAUGAUUGAAAUUGAUCCGUGAGGCUCUUUGUUUCACUCUCCUUCCCGCCCCCGUUUUAUCAUACUGGCGUGACCUAUUAGUGCUGGCAUCAUGAAAAAGUGUGAAGCACAGAGGAGUCGCUCCCCAUCAGGGUAUAAAUACAGAGAACCAGCAGUAGCAGUUACCUGAUCCUGUUUCUGUCAUCUGAGCUGGACACCAAGACAACAUGACAUCUGGCACCAUAAAGGGUCUGAGGGGGUUCACGUUGACCAACCUGCUCACCCUUUUGUUACUUGCAUCUUUCAUCUCACAUUCAUGGAGCGUGCCAAAAGGCUCAUUUCAACGACGAAACUGGACACCGCAGGCGAUGUUGUACUUAAAAGGAACACAGGGCCGUAGGUUCAUCUCUGAGGACCGAAAGGAAGGAGAUGUCUAUGACACGCUACACUUAGAGACCCGCAGUCAAAACACAGAGAAGCUGAGUGUUGGCCAGGCAGCCACAGUGCUUCUCAAGAUCCUGCAGCAAGCCAGAGAGGGAGCCGAUGAAGCUCCAGAUGAGGUGUAUUUCCCAGUGUGGAAGAGAGAAUACUUCUGACAUCAACAAUAAUCAUCAUAUUUCAGAAUUUUUGUAUUUGUGUUUGGUGCAACACUGUCAAAAAGCUGCAUUGUAAAUAUUA